UUUCCUAGGCUUCUCUCCGCAGUGUUGCUACGAGGAGUGCGUUUGAUUGUUACACAGCUCAAUGGCGGAUAAAGCGGGACAGUUGUAAGAAGGACAAUAACACUUCGGCUUCGCUGUGUUUCUGGCGUGACUACGUCCGCCGCUAAGCGCCCUACUACACUAGGGGCUCCGGUGCACGGAGCAAAGUUGCGGUACCAGAGGUUCUGCUUACAAUUUGGGCUCGAUAAACUGACCAGCUGUCUUGCAGCUACUAGCAUCAGAGUUCCCGAGCAAGGAAGUUGCUCUUUCAUGUUGGCUAGCGAACGUUAGCGAGCUAGCUGGUGAAAUAAUGGGAGACUCGCUCGAGUUGAUUGGGAAGCGUCUUAUUUUACUCCUUAACGAUGGAAGGUCCAGCGCUGGAGCCGAACCGGAGAAAGCCAUUUGGGCUCGGGACUGGCUCCAGGGUACAGUACGGGCGGUCAGCGUCAUAGGUUUGGCCAGUCCGGGAAUCGAGGUGAGCGGAGGAGAGGCGACAACAAACACAGCUUCAUCGGGGCUAACGGUGUUUAUGGAGUUUGAAGACAGCGUGGGGGGGAAGCGGACCUGGGUGCAGGUGUACGGGGAGGCUGUCAGCGCUGUGUUGGUUGAGGACUCUAUUGUCUGGGCCACACGGAGCGCGACUAACCCCUCCCUGCCUGCUGGCGCCCCACCCACCCCCUGGCCUGCCCUGGCCUUCCGAUCCUUGGUGGACCGCGUAGGGCUCGGCCCCCUGGUUCCUGUGGAGUUCCUGGGAAGCAGAACCCUGGAGUUCCUCGCUGAUGGAAGUUCUCUCCAGAGGUUUGAGGUGGAGAAGGAUGUGGGACACCCCCUGCUCCUGGAGAAGCCCCUCCUCCAGGCUGCUGUCUCCCUCUGGCUCAGUGACUACGAGCUGCAGGAGAUCCUCCGCAAGGGCUCCUUCACCAUCCAGGGCCGCAGGGUACAGGUGUACCAGCCUGAGCCUGAGGAGCCCUGGGCCCUGGGCCUGGUCUCCCAGCACGACCCUGUCUCUCACAUCAUGGAGAUCACCAUGGACAAGGGGGAGGAGAGCCAGGUGGUCGACCCCCGUGUGAUCCAUGUCAUGCUGGCUGAAGAUGAGGAGGGGAAGACCAGCCGCAGGAGGAAGGAGAGCGAGGCGCUGAAGGGAGAGAGCGGCCGCAGGCGCCGCACCUCCUCCGGGGGCGAGGAGGACGUCACCCUCAAACGCUUCAAGGCUGCCGGAAACGACGUGGCCGACAGCAGCGAAUCACAGCAGGCCUCCAAGGAGGGGGCGGGGACUUGGGGCGGAGAGACGGGGGGAGGAGGAAGAACGAACAGUCACAGCAACAAUGUAAGUUCGUCUGAAGCGUCUUCCACCCAAGGCCACUCCUCCCCCAACUCCAUUUCCUCCUCCCCCCAGAUGGACCAAUCACACGCCCCGCUUCGCUUCCUCCCCGCCCACACCAAGGAGAACGGCCGGCCCCUCCUCCUGCAGGGCGGCGCUGACUCCACCACCCCCACCCCGCCCCCUCUCAAACCCGCCCCCUCCCUCUUCUCCAACUCCUCGUUCCCUUCCCUGGGCCAGAUGCCCAGCCUGGUCCCUGGAUCCCCGGCCGCCAAGCCCCCCUCCGCCCCCGACCCCGACAGAGAGGACCCCCCCCAGGCAGCCCACCCCAGGACGGCCGCUCUGGUGUCCCCUGGACCCGUCUCCUCCCCCUCCCCCCUGGGCAUCGCCCCCAGCGUAGGCCUCUCUGCCCCACUCCCUCGUGGAUUUACCCCCCAGCCUCCUUCCUGGGGGGCUGCGCCCAGCCAAACAGAGAGUUCUAAGAACCCCGUCCUGGCCGCGGCCGGCUUCCGAGCGCCGCAGUCCAAGCCCGCAGGUUCUGCUGUGUUCGGAGGGAGGAGCUCUCAGACCAACGGAGGGUCCCACCCUGCCGCCCCCUCCCCCGCCGCCCCCUCCUCCGCCCAGGAACAGAGAGCGUUCGGGUUCCCCUUCGCCUCCGCGGGGCCCAAGACCGAGGACCAGCCUUCGCAGCACAACGACCAGAACCUGUUCUUCCAGUGCAUGACCCAGAACCCCGGCACUGCUCCGGGUCCUGCUGCAGGUCCGGCCCAGUCUAAAGACACCAACUACUUCACAGCCGUGUCGGAGAGCCUGGGGAAGGAACCCCCCAGCCUGUUCAAGCCCCCCCGGCCCAGCGAGGGACCCAGGACUCCGGUUCUGGGCCAGCCCUCCCCGGGCCUGUUUGGGUCGGGCCAGCUGAAAGAGCAGUCCAAGGCUCCAGAGUCCCAGACGCCCACAGGCAACGGGGUUGCGAGCAAGGCCUUCCCCGGGGGUCUGGGUUCUGGGUCCGGGGGGAUGAGGAGCUCCGCUCUGGGCAUGGGGGGGCUAGGCACUCCCCUGGGUUUGGCCUCCGGGCCCCUGGUGGGGGCUAGCCGGGCAGGGACUAACGGGGGUGCUGCUGUGGGGGGGUUGGGUCUGCUCUCAGGCACCAAGUCCUCUGACUCCCACCAGAACCUGUUCCUCCAGGGCUCCCCCUCAAAGGAGCCCUCCAACCCCUUCCUGGCCUACGGGGACAAGCCCUCCCCCAGCCCCUUCGGGGUCCUCUCCGCCCCCAGCCCUGGACCAGGGCUGUCUGGGGCCCAGCCAGAGACGCUAGGGCCCUCGGACAGCAAGCCCAACCUCUUCACCAUGGCAGAGCCCCCCAAAGGCCUCCUGACCUCCUCCUCCCCCCCCUCUGGCUUCCCCCAGAGGGGCCAGGAGACAGAGGGGUCCAAGCCCAAGGAUGAGCACACUUCCCUGGGGUCCGGGGAGGGGGAUGACGGGCCCUCCUCCACCUCCAUGUUUGGUGCUGUGGUCCCGGGGCCCAGCGAGGACUCUUCCCUGGACUUGGACCACAAGUUCCCCCUGGAGGAGCGCGGCCAGGGGGCCAAGCGCGACUCGGACUCCAGUGACAACAGCGACCUGUCUGACCUGAGCGAGGCGGAGGAGGGGAUGGGUCGGGGCUCAGCCGGGGGGCCCCAGGGGCCCAGCAAGGAGGGGGCUCUGAUGCUCCAGAAGAUCAAGGGCCCUGGGGCCCCCAAGACCAGACCCCGCAACAAACCGUUCAAAGUGGGCCAGUCGGUGCUGAAGGACGUGACGAAGGUGCGUCGUCUGAAGCAGUCGGGGGAGUCCUUCCUCCAGGACGGCUCCUGCAUCAACGUGGCUCCUCACCUGCACAAGUGCCGGGAGUGCCGCCUGGAGCGCUACCGGAAAUACAGGGAGCAGGAGCCGGACGACGACGACCCCAACGUGGCCUGCCGCUUCUUCCACUUCCGCAGACUGGCGUUCACCAGGAAGGGCGUGCUGCGUGUGGAGGGCUUCCUGAGCCCCCAGCAGAGCGACGCCAUGGCGAUGGGCCUGUGGCUGCCGUCCCCGGCCGUGCAGGAGGGCCUGGACCUGGACACGUCCAAGUACAUCCUGGCCAACGUGGGGGACCAGUUCUGCCAGCUGGUCAUGUCUGAGAAGGAGGCCAUGAUGAUGGUGGAGCCUCACCAGAAAGUGGCGUGGAAGCGGGCUGUGCGUGGCGUGAGGGAGAUGUGUGACGUGUGUGAGACCACGCUGUUCAACAUCCACUGGGUGUGCAGGAAGUGCGGCUUCGGGGUGUGUCUCGACUGUUACCGCCUCCGCAGGAACAAGCCUCAGGAGGACGUGGAUGAAGGCCCAGAGGAUGAGGUGUUCUCCUGGCUGAAGUGUGCUAAAGGACAGCCUCACGAGCCCCAGAACCUCAUGCCCACACAGAUCAUCCCUGGCACAGCUCUCUACAACAUAGGAGACAUGGUGCACUCUGCCCGGGGCAAAUGGGGCAUCAAGGCCAACUGCCCCUGCACCAGCCGACACACCAAGCCUCUGGUGCGCCCCAGCGCCCCCAACGGGAUAGCACAGGGUUCGGGCCCUGCCUCCGCCCUGGGCAGCAGAGGUUGCAGCGGGGGGGCUACAACCUCUAAACCAGAGGGGGAGUCGACGGUGAUGGUGAAAACAGAGCCGCCCCACACAGCGAUGUCUUCAGACGGAGGGGGGGCUCUGGGGGGGCUCAGCCACCCCUCCGGCAGUUCUGCUACCUUCGCCCACGCCCCCCAGACCCCCAUGCCCCCUAAGGACCCCCGACCCCCGCCCCCUGGGGAGGGGACGUCCUCCCCUCUCCACUGGCUGGCCGACCUCGCCACUCAGAAGGGCAAGGCAGAGGACAUGAAAGAGCACGGCUCGCUACGUUCCAUGAUGAACAGGGAGAACAGCUCUCCCUUUGUCCUGGACUCGCUCAGUGCCCUGUCCAAGCCUUCCUCCUCUUCCAGCCCCAAGCUCUUCAACAGCCUGCUUCUGGGCUCUGGUUCUGCCCAGCACAAACCUGAAGGCUCCAGUCUCAGAGAUCUGCUUAACUCUGGGCCUGGCAGGCUUCCCCAGGGUCCUGGAGAGAGUGGGGUUCCCUUCCCCUCUGUGUUCUCUACUUCUGGCGGGGGUGACAAGCUGAAGGGCAGCCUACCUAACUUCCUGGACCACAUCAUCGCCUCCGUGGUGGAGACCAAGAAGACAGAGGGCCGUCGGCAGGCGGGGGAUGGAGGUGGGGAGCUGGGAGCGGGCGGUGUGGGGCGCAGGGACGGGGGCGUGAUGGGCCUCAGCGUGCUGGACCCCCACACCUCACACACCUGGCUGUGUGACGGGCGCUUGCUCUGCCUGCAGGACCCCAGCAACAGCAACAACUGGAAGAUCUUCAGGGAGUGCUGGAAGCAGGGACAGCCUGUGCUGGUGUCCAGCAUCCACAAGCGUCUGAACGGGGGGCUGUGGAAGCCUGAGGCCUUCAGCCAAGAGUUUGGGGACCAGGAUGUGGACCUGGUCAACUGCAGGAACUGCGCCAUCAUCUCAGACGUUAAGGUCCGGGACUUCUGGGACGGCUUCCAGAUCAUCUCCAAGCGUCUGCAGGGUAACGAUGGGCAGCCCAUGGUGCUGAAGCUGAAGGACUGGCCUCCAGGGGAAGACUUCAGGGACAUGAUGCCCACACGGUUUGAUGACCUGAUGGACAACCUGCCCCUCCCAGAGUACACUAAGAGGGACGGGCGGCUCAACCUGGCUUCCCGUCUGCCCAACUUCUUCGUUCGUCCCGACCUGGGUCCCAAAAUGUACAACGCUUAUGGUCUGAUCUCCACGGAGGACAGGAAGGUGGGGACCACCAACCUCCACCUGGACGUGUCAGACGCCGUCAACGUCAUGGUGUACGUGGGGAUACCUCUGGGGGAGUCGGACACCGAGCAGGAGGCAGACAUCACUGGAUGUGCAGAGGUGAUGACCACCAUCGAGGAGGGGGAUGUGGACGAGAUGACGAAGAGGAGGGUGUACGAGGCGAAGGAGAAGCCGGGAGCUCUCUGGCACAUCUACGCUGCCAAGGAUGCAGAGAAGAUCCGCGAGCUGCUCCGCAAGGUGGGAGAGGAGCUGGGCCAGGAGAACCCUCCGGACCACGACCCCAUCCACGACCAGAGCUGGUACCUGGACCAGGUGCUCCGGAGGAGGCUGUACGAGGAGUACGGCGUGCAGGGCUGGGCCAUCGUCCAGUUCCUGGGAGAUGCCGUGUUCAUCCCCGCGGGCGCUCCCCACCAGGUUCAUAACCUGUACAGCUGUAUCAAGGUAGCGGAGGACUUUGUGUCUCCAGAACAUGUGAAACACUGUUUCAGACUGACGCAGGAGUUCCGACACCUCUCCACCACCCACUCCAACCACGAGGACAAACUACAGGUGAAGAACAUCAUCUACCACGCUGUGAAGGACGCCGUGGGGACCCUCAGGGCACAUGAACCCAAACUAGCUCGUUCCUAAUGUCCUCUACAGCAGGUGUGCUCUCACACACACACAGAGUGGCACUGGUGACUGGGCAGAGUGGACUUAAAGCUGAUUGCGGGCUGACACCCAACGCUUAUACUGGGGUGGUGUGUGUGGGGGGGGGGUUAUAGUCAAAGCUUGGAUGGGAAAAGUACUUAAUCGCUUUUAUACGGCAACACAAAAGUUCAAAUAUGCCUAGUUGUUUCCAAAUUCACCUUUGAUUAUUAACUGUAUUUAACGUCAGUUGUCCUGUUAGUUGUUCUGGUUGUGUGAGAGAUGUCAGGCUGAAGAGAAAAAGACCUUCCUAAAAUAGUAUUUGAAAACACGGUUAUGAUUUACUUAGGGUGCACUUGAUUUUGGUAAACCUGCUCAGUAAAACUAAUGGAAGGGUUCUGGAACUCAUAAGGUGAAUCCUGUUCAGUUUAGGGCAGUUUGUUUUACCGCCCAGUGCAGUCUGGAGGUGAGCUGACGAGCCUCCGGAGCCAGGGAGGCUCUGCUUGUGUGUAAACAGUAUCUGACUAAUGUGAACACAGGACUGUUUGUCUCUCUUCCUGUUAAUAGUUUUCCUUCACUCCACCCACCUGUGUGUGUGUGUGUAGACUGUUUUCUUUAAGUUGGGUUUUAAACAAACUGAUAGACUCCUUCCCCCAGCCCGAGGUGGAAUCAGACCUGUGAAACUGCAGACGUGAAGGGAAAUAGACCAAAGUUUUGUAUUUUUAGUUUGUCAUGUUAUCAAUUAAAAGCGAGGAUUUCUUUCA